UUCUCUUCCUGGUUAUUUUAGUGCCGAUUUUAUAACCCAAACCUGUAUUCUUGCUACAUUUCGUUCACUACGCGUUGUUCGUUUAUUGAGUCGGGAAACCACAGGCUCUGCAAUCGGCUAGUAUCAAACAAGAUGCUCCUGAGAUUGUCAUUGGUCGCUCUGUUGCUGCUACAGCUGGGCUGGUCUGCCCAUGCCCAGGAUGAGGAGACCAUUGAGGUUGAAGAAGGAACAGAAGAAGCAGAACAGCCAGAGGAAGUGAAGCCCUUGUACAGCCCACCUACCGCUACUGGAGAAACUUUCUUCACCGACCAUUUUACCAGUGAAGAGUCCUUCAAACAAAAAUGGGUGCUGUCUGAAGCUAAGAAGGAAGGUGUGGCUGAGGAUAUUGCCAAGUACGAUGGGAAGUGGGCAGUGGAAGAACCCGAGGAACAAGCCAUGAGUGGAGACCUUGGGCUGGUGCUGAAGUCUCGUGCUAAACACCAUGCUGUUGCUGCCAAGCUAGACAAGCCGUUCAAGUUUGAUGGCAAGCCUUUAGUGGUGCAAUACGAGGUGCGUUUCCAGAAGGGUAUGGAGUGUGGAGGAGCUUACAUCAAGCUGCUGUCAGAUGUGCCUGGUCUGGACUUGAAAAACUUCCAGGAUAAAACGGGUUAUACCAUCAUGUUUGGGCCUGACAAGUGUGGGGUGGAUACAAAGCUGCACUUCAUCUUCAGACACAAGAACCCCAACAACGGUACAUACGAGGAGAAACACGCCAAGAAACCCACCAUGGACCUGGUCAACGUCUUCACAGACAAGCAGACACAUCUCUUCACCUUAAUUGUGAACCCAGACAACAGUUUUGAGCUGCUUGUGGACCAGACUCUGGUGAACUCUGGAAGUCUCCUACAUGAUGUCAGCCCUCCAGUCAACCCACCACAGGAGAUUGAGGAUCCUGAUGACAGUAAACCUGAGGACUGGGAUGAAAGGGAAAAGAUCCCAGACCCUGAUGCUACUAAGCCUGAAGACUGGAAUGAGGACGCCCCGAGGAAGAUUGUCGACCCUGAUGCCACGAAGCCCAGUGGCUGGCUGGACGAUGAAGAGGAGUUUGUCCCUGACCCCAAUGCUGUCAAACCAGAAGACUGGGAUGAUGAAAUGGAUGGUGAAUGGGAGGCUCCUCAGAUAGAGAAUCCCAAGUGCGAGGCAGCCCCUGGGUGUGGGGAGUGGUCCCCACCCAUGAUUGACAACCCUGAGUACAAGGGCAAGUGGAAAGCACCCAUGAUCGCCAACCCCAACUACAAGGGUAUCUGGAAGCCCAGGAUGAUUCCCAACCCUGAAUACUUUGAAGACCUCAGUCCCUACGCCAUGACUCCUAUUGGUGCAAUAGGCCUGGAGCUGUGGUCAAUGACAGAGGACGUUCUGUUUGACAACUUCAUCAUCACUAACGAGAAGACGGUCGCCGACGACUGGGCCAAGGCUAGCUGGAAACUCAAGAGCCACGAAGAAGCCAGGGAGAAGGCUGCUCAAUCCUUCAUAGAGUCAGUGGUGUUUGCUGCGUACGAGCGUCCCUGGCUGUGGGUUGUGUACAUCAUGGUCGUCGCCAUCCCUGUGAUCCUGUUCAUCCACUUCUGCUGCCCAGCCACGAUGCCCAAGAAGAAGGCUGCUCACCCCAAGAAGACAGAUGCCAUCUCUCCAGACGACAAGGUUCCUAAGAAGAAGGCAGAUCUGAAUGCCAAACCAGCUGAGCUGGGACAAGGAGACGCUAUGGCUGAAGAGGACCAGGAAGAAGCAGCAGCUGAUGAGGAGGCUGAGGGUGAAGCUGGGGAGGAGGAGGAGGAGGCUGAGGAGAAGGGGGAGGAGCAGGAAGCUCCUGAGGAGGACCAGGAGGAGAGGAAACCAAGCAAAGCUGACCUGGAGGCCACAGAACAGCCUGAGGCAUUAGCAGAGGAAGGGUCGCCAAGAACAUCUGCCAGGAAGCGUAAGGUCAGGAAAGACUGAUGAUGGGCCAACCUUUAGACAUUAUCAGGGAUGUGAAACUGCCAGGGGCAGGGGGCAUUUCGCGCAGAAUGCCCAGUCCGAUAUAUUAGACUGAAAUGAUGUGCAUUAUGGAAACCUGUGCAUCUGCUGGUGUCAUCUGCGAGACAGUGGCUCGUAACUUCUCGACUUGUCUGUAGAUCAAGAAAAUGGCAUUGGGUAAUAAGAUCAGCCUCUCUUGCCCCUUCCCCUUGCAGAUGACACUGACAGAUGCGUAUAUUAUGUGUUACAUUGUACAUUUCCUUGAGAAUACCAGGAACAACUGUAAAAACUUUGUUUGUACUUCUGCACUUCUUAUAUCACUAUCAAGUUGGAGUUUUGGAGCAAGUGUCAGUAAAACUUGUUGACAUUCCUCUUUGUUGUCAAGUUGUUUUUUUAGUUACUUGUUUUCACUGCAGGUUCAAUGUUAUAUACAAACAGUGCCUAAACACAAGGUUAUCUUGAGUUUUGUAUAUUUGAUGAUGAAGAAAAAUGGAGGAAUGUACAAAAGACUUGUGCUGCUUAUACUACUAGGUAGUAAUUAAAUGAAGUAAUGAUUAUGUUUGCAUGCAUUGAAUUUGUAGGAGUAAAUAUAGGCAAGAAAUUGGUGAUUGAGAAAGUUGAGUGUUUUCCACUGUAUUUAGUUUGACUGUAUGAAAUGAUAUUGUAAAAAGGAAAGAAUGUGUUUAGUUCAGUGUUCUACAGUCUACUGUAAGUGCUUGAAUCUGCUAUUGGAUGGGUUGAUGCCCAAAUACGGCUGUGCUUUAACAUGGCUGCGUACAUGGAAGGUUGUAUACAUGUAGGACCUGGAUAUAGACUUCAUCCCUUGUUUAGCUUCUUCCAGGAGUAGCUGUAGACUUCACAUUGACUAGUUCUUUCAUAGUAAGGAGUAGAGAUUUCUGUAAACCUUGGUCUUAGAACAAAGCUGCAAGAAUGUGUAAAAGUCAUUCUUAUAAGGUUCAACCUAUAGAUGCAAACUCAUGGGGUAGCUUUUUUUACCAUGCAAAUUGAUUUACAUGUAUGUAAAUGAGUGAUGUAAAAUGCUAUAAUUGUAGACUUUGAUUGUAUACAUUGGUGAUUUUCUAGCAGUGUUGUGUAGACCAUAUCUGUAUAUCACUGUUGAAUGUCAAAAUUGACAUUGUAGGCAAAACUACUGAAGAAACAAAAGCAUAUUGGAACUGGUAAACACUGCAAGUUGUAGUGUUCUUUUAGAUGAUAUGUUAUAAGAAAUCUUCCCAUCUAUGAUUGUAGCUUUCAAAGGCAAGGAAGAACAGCCAUAACAGACAUAUGGGGUGUUUGCACUGUGACAUAAGCAUAGUCGGCCAUGCUGGAUGUUUAAACCUAGAGUUGCCAGGUAAAGUUGUAUAUGUAUUGACAUUAUACACAUGUUUAUUUGAAGGACUAUCUCCCACCAGUAUGGACGUACCAUAUAGGUACUACAGAAACCCCAACAUAGCCAACUACUGUACCAUCUUGAAUACAAAAGCAAAUAAAUAAUCCGAGAGUGCUGCUUGUUGAGUACAUGUAAGCAAUGGUUGUGGCAUUACUGUGUAACUGGUCAACAAAUUCCUAACUAUUAUACUUUCACCAAAGAUUCAUAGUAAACAUAACUGGGAAGAAAAAGGAACUAUGAAACAUUACCAGACUUUUCAAUUGAACCAUCAUGUUUUUCCCUGUAAUACAUUUCCUUGUCUUGAAAUAAAUUACCCUAAAGUUA